GUCACACCCGGUCAGGAAGGAGCGCAGCAGAGCACGCUGUUUAGAGGACACACUUUAUACUUUAUUAUACCAUAGUUUAUAUCUUAUACAUAUAUAUAGUAUAAUAUAUAAGUACAUGCGGGCUCAGGGAGCGGACUACAUGUGACCAGAUUACGUCAUCAGAGAUAGAACAGGGUGGUGUGUUCAGGGCCAGUUGGAGAAGGGAAACAUGCUGAAGCUGCUGGGGGUGCUACGGGGGGUUCGCGUCCCUGCUGCAGCCCGGGCAGGGUCACUGCAGGGUCCUGUCGGGGGGCUUCUCCUGGGGGGCCGAGGUCUGAGCGGAAGAGCUGGGAGGAGCUUCAGGGGGGGGUGCACCGUGGACCCCAGGCUCGAGGAGAACUUCGUGUUCGUGGACUUUACAGAUGCAGAGCCUGAGGCGGAGAAAGACCUCCUGCCUCCCCCCUCGGCCACCCCUCCCUCCGCUGCCCCCUCACCUCAGAGGCUGCGGGCUCUGGAGCUGCAGCUGCAUGCACUGGGGGGCGAGGCCACAAUGCAGGGGGCGGGGCCUGAGACGCAGGGUGCGGAGCUGCUCUUUGAGGACGUGGACUUCCCUGGGGGGGACAGCGUGGCGUCCAUGAAGAAGAAGAAGAAGAAUAAGAAGUCGGGAUGGGGGGUGCACCGGGUGGUGGGGGUGCCGGACUCCUCGGAGCCGGUGAGCGACACCAGCUGCUCGGGCUGCGGCGCCCUGCUGCACUGCACCGCCGCCACCGCCCCUGGGUACCUACCCAGCAACAAGUUCAAGGAGCUGCAGCAGGGGGGUGGUCUGGGGGGGGCCACCUGCCAGCGGUGCCACCUGCUGACGCACCACCGGCAGGCACUGCAACUACAGCUGUCGGCACAGGAGUACGCCACUGUGGUGAGGAGACUCCGCCCCCUGCAGGCGCUGCUGCUGCUGGUGGUCGACUUGCUGGACAUCCCCGACUCCCUCCCCCCCGACCUGCUCAGCAUGGUGGGGGACAACAAACGCAUCGUCGUCCUCGGCAACAAGGUGGACUUGCUGCCGGGCGACGCCCCCAACUACCUGCAGCGAAUCAGACGGCAGCUGGUGGCGUACUGCGCAGCGGCCGGGCUGCAUGUGAGCGACGUGCAGCUGAUCAGCGCCAAGACGGGCUUCGGGGUGGAGGAGCUGAUCUCCCGCCUGCAGCGCACCUGGAGUUACCGUGGCGACGUCUACCUGGUGGGCAGCGCCAACGCCGGGAAGUCGUCGCUGUUCAACGCGCUGCUGCAGUCCGACUACUGCAAGAGCCGUGCCACAGACCGCCUGCAGCGCGCUACCGUCUCCCCCUGGCCCGGGACCACUCUGGACCUGCUGAAGUUCCCCAUCAUCAACCCAAACCCCCACAGGAUGUUCAGACGGGAGGAGCGUCUGAGGGAGGAGAGGGAGGGGGCGAGAGAACUGACGGGGGAGGAGAGAGAGAGGCUGAAACACCUGAGCCAAGAGGGGUACCUCAUAGGUCAUGUAGGGAGGACAUUCCGCUCCUCCCCCCCCCCUAAAGAUGAGAUCCAGUUUGACCCAGACAGACUGGCUUUUGGGGAGGAAGAGGGGGAGACCAUGAAAGCGGCCCCCCCCUCCAGCAGCAGGCAGCAGGAUAGCGAGUUGAGGCAGGGGAACUGGCUAUACGACACCCCCGGGAUCCUGAAGCAGCGUGACGUGCUGGGGCUGCUGUCCCAACAGGAAGUGACCUCAGUGGUCCCUUCUCAGGCUCUGGUCCCGAGGACCUUCGUCCUGCAGCCGGGGUCCAGUCUGCUGGUGGGGGGGCUGGCCCGCAUCGACUUCCUGCAGGGGGGGGGGGCCUGCUGGUUCUCAGUGCUGGUCUCCAGCCAGAUUCCAGUCCACAUUUCCAGUCUGGAGAGGGUCCAGGGGGUCUACCAGAAACAUGCAGGACACCAGCUUCUGGGGGUCCCUGCGGGGGGGUCGGAGCGUAUGAAGGAUUUCCCCCCCCUGGUUCCUCAGGACUUCAGUCUGCAGGGAGUCGGGUUUAAGGAGGCGGCUGCCGACCUCAAGCUGUCCUCUGCAGGCUGGGUGGCGGUCACGGCGGCGCCGGGCGAUCAGCUGACACUCCGGCUCCACGGCCCGGCGGACGCUGCCUUCUCUCUCCGGACCCCCCCCCUGCUCCCUCACCUGGUCAACCUGAAGGGAGAGAGGAUCAGGAAGUCUGUCGCCUACAGGACACUGAAGCAUGCAGCGCUGCAGAGGAAGGAGCAGAAGAAGAAGAAGUGACCUGCAGACAGACGGACGGACAGAUGGAGACAAACAGAAAGACAGACGGACAGAGAGACAAACAGAACAGUGUUGGCCUCCACUAUUCAGGGGUCAGAGGGCUACUGUGUGACCCCCAUGCUUGUUUAUAGUACUGUUUGUUUUUUGAAGGAUUGUCUAUCAAUAAAUAAUGACACAUGUUGA